AUGCUGGUGCUUCGGCCCCCCUGCCCCCGGCCCCUGGUGCUGCCCUCGAUUGCGGCCAUGGAGGCUCCGCCCCCUCGGACGGCUCGCUCCCCAGAGCCCGGCCCCUCCUGCUCCACGGAGCCGCCCCGGGCCGCGUCCCCGCCGCGGCCCCGCCACUACCUGCUCAUUGACACGCAGGGCGUCCCGUACACCGUGCGGGCGGGGCAGGAGGCCCGGCGGGAGCCCGCGGCCGCCCGGCCCGGCGCGCAGAGAAAGUGCUACAGCUGCCCGCAGUGCUCGCGCGUCUUCGAGUACAUGUCCUACCUGCAGCGGCACAGCAUCACGCACUCGGAGGUGAAGCCCUUCCAGUGCGACACCUGCGGCAAGGCCUUCAAGCGGGCCAGCCACCUGGCGCGCCACCACUCCAUCCACAGGGCGGGCGGGGGGCGGCCCCACGGCUGCCCGCUCUGCCCCCGGCGAUUCCGCGAGGCGGGCGAGCUGGCCCAGCACAGCCGGGUCCACUCGGGGGAGCGCCCUUACCAGUGCCCUCAUUGCCCGCGCCGGUUCAUGGAGCAGAGCACGCUGCAGAAGCACACGCGGUGGAAGCACCCGUGAGCCGCCACGGCUCCCGAGCCACGGGGUUGGGGGCUGGGCCCUCCACAUCUGGGCUCGUCCUGGACACAGACCCAGCUCCUGGGGGUGCGCCCUGCCCGCAGGAGGUGCCCACGCGCCCUCUGCUGGCCUCCUGUUUGGUGGGCACUUGGAACAGACCUCCCUCUCACAGACCGGGGUCCACUCACCUGCCUCCCAAAGGCCGACCCCUCCCUCCAGCCCUGGAUGGGGGCAGCGCUGUGGGUGCAAAUCCCCAGCGUCCAGCGUGGCUGGGGGCCAGCAGGAAGGCCGCCUUGCUGAUCAUGGGGGAGCUCCUGGACCUGCCCCUGACCCCAGCCAGGGCUGGAGACCCGACACCCAAUAAACACGUUUCCACGUUGAGCACGGGCGCUCUGUUCUGGGGCAUCGGCCGGCCUCUGCUGCUGGCGGGGAGCCUCAGCCAGGGCUGACAGCUGGCCCUGGCCUGUCCGGCUGGGGUGCUGGGAGGUGGCCCUGGUGAGGCCCAGCUUGCCCGGACUCAGGACAUCGACACGGUGUUGUUAAAUAUAUUUUUUAACCACUAUUCCGAGGAACACAAGGUGUUCAGAUUUGCAAAAUACAGGGGAGGCCACUGUGGGAGCCACGCUGGCCACGGUUCUCUCCUCCCGGUGAGAACAGCCGUUCCUAGCCCCAGGCUGGCCGCAGCUGCCCUGGCGGGGAGGGGGUGCUGCGGGCAGCGGAGCGGGAGGAGGG